CCAGCGUAGGCUUCACCAGCAGCUCCACUUGUGAUGUGUGAGGCCUACCUGACAGCUUCCUCGCUGACCUUGACAGUGAGCCUGCUGAUGCCCAGGGGGACCUGCCCUAAUCUGGAACUGCCAGUGCAUCAUGACAGAACCAGGACCACAACCUGGGGCUCUUGGUGGUCACUCAGCCCCUCCCAGGACAGACUCCCCAAGGUGCCUGAGAUGCCGCCACCGCAGAAGAAGCACUGGGAAUCCAUGGCUAAGGGGCUGGUGCUGGGUGCGCUCUUCACCAGUUUCCUGCUGCUGCUGUACUCCUAUGUGGUGCCCCCAAUGCACACCGGCCUGGCCUCCACGACCCCAGAGGCUGCAGCGUCCUGCUCUCCACCCCUGCUUGAGCCAGAGGCAGUGACCCGAGCCAACAGGUCGGCGGGAGAGUGCCAGCCGCGGCGCAACAUCGUGUUCCUGAAGACGCACAAGACGGCCAGCAGCACCCUCCUCAACAUCCUCUUCCGCUUCGGCCAGAAGCACAGGCUCAAGUUCGCCUUCCCGAACGGCCGCAACGAUUUCGACUACCCGACCUUCUUCGCCCGCAGCCUGGUGCAGGACUACCGGCCCGGGGCCUGCUUCAACAUCAUCUGCAACCACAUGCGCUUCCACUACGACGAGGUGCGCGGCCUGGUGCCGCCCAACGCCACCUUCAUCACGGUGCUCCGCGACCCCGCCCGCCUGUUCGAGUCCUCCUUCCACUACUUCGGGCCGGUGGUGCCCCUCACGUGGAAGCUCUCAGGCGCUGACAAGCUGGCCGAGUUCCUGCAAGACCCCGAUCGCUACUAUGACCCCAACGGCUUCAAUGCCCACUACCUCCGAAACCUACUCUUCUUCGACCUGGGCUACGACAGCGGCCUGGACCCCGGCAGCCCGCAGGUGCAGGAGCACAUCCAGGAGGUGGAGCGCCGCUUCCACCUGGUGCUGCUGCAGGAGUACUUCGACGAGUCGCUGGUGCUGCUGAAGGAUCUGCUGUGCUGGGAGCUGGAGGACGUGCUCUACUUCAAGCUCAACGCGCGCCGCGACUCGCCGGUGCCGCGGCUCUCCGGGGAGCUGUACGGGCGCGCCACCGCCUGGAACAUGCUGGACGCCCACCUCUACCGCCACUUCAACGCCAGCUUCUGGCGCAAGGUGGAGGCCUUCGGGCGGGAACGCAUGGCCCGCGAGGUGGCCGCCCUGCGCCGUGCCAACGAGCGCAUGCGGACCAUCUGCAUCGACGGGGGCCACGCUGUGGAUGCUGCCGCCAUCCAGGACGACGCCAUGCAACCCUGGCAGCCGCUGGGCACCAAGUCCAUCCUGGGCUACAACCUCAAGAAGAGCAUCGGGCAGCGCCACGCGCAGCUCUGCCGGCGCAUGCUCACGCCCGAGAUCCAGUACCUGAUGGACCUCGGCGUCAACCUGUGGGUCACCAAGCUCUGGAAGUUCAUUCGCGAUUUCCUGCGGUGGUGACGUCCCGCCGCCCAGUGGCCGGCCUGCCUCAGGGAGCUGAGCAGGAAGCCGCUGGUGCUGGCCACCUCCAGCCCCCUCCUGGUGCCACCUCGGACCCCGAGGUGAGGGGGGCUCCCUGGGGGAUGCAGCCAUCCAAGACUGGGCCCACACACAGAAAGGGCCUAACGGAGAUCCGUAUUUGACUAAUUAUACCGGUUUUUAUUAAACCCCUUUCCCUCCCGGAAAAAGAAUGUUCUAUUUCUGCCUCCCCUUAAAGGGGAGACCUCAGAAGUAAAGGAAUUUGAUGUGUUUUUGUUAA